AUGCGUUCCGCCUUUGUAAAUCAGCUAUUUGUGGUACCCGUUACCCUAGCGGGUUACCUGGGUUGCUAUCACGCCCGCCCAGAGUAUUUCCACGGCCUUUCUUCCUCAGCCUGUGUCUGGAACUUCAUUCUCCUGCACUCAAUAUUAUGGGCCAUUUUUAUCUUGGAAGUAUAUCCUAGGUUCAUUUGCCCUCUCCGGUCUCUUCCUGCACCCAAGGGCGGCUAUCCACUAGUUGGGUACGGAUUCAGUCGAUUUAGAAAGCCUGUUGGAUCAGACCACCUUCAAUUCAUUCGCGAUGUUCCCAACAAUGGAUUGAUACGUUAUAGGGGAUUUUGGAACCAGAACAAUGUCCUUCUAGUUAGUGCCGAAGCACUCGCUGAAGUUCUGGUCAAGCGGCCCUACGAUUUUGUAAAAGCCGAGGGUCCACGCGAUUUUGAGCGCUAUAUUGGGAAAGGCUUCGGUUUCCGAAGCAUCAAGGAGCUCCAUCCUCUGUUCUGGAGAAAAUCAGCUAAGCUGGUGCAGUGCAUGGAAGCAGACCUCUUUCAGAACUCUGAAAAGGGCACCGAGGCUAUAACCGACAUCAAUUUCUGGUCAACUAAAGUUACGCUCGAUAUGAUCGGCGUGGCAGCCCUUGGCCGCGAUUUCAAUACAUUGGAGAAGUCCGACGACAUUCUUGUUCAAAGCUACGAAGAGAUUCUGGACCCAACCCCUGGGAAGCUUGCUAUGUUUAUUCUUAGUAGUUACCAACUUACUUCGCUCACCCGAUUCAUUCCUGGAAAGGUUGAAAAGCGGUUUAAGCUGGCUACGGCUACAUUGCGGGAGAUCUGUAUGAAGUUUCUUCAAGAAAAGAAAAGCCUGAUGUCAAACUCUCAAAGUAUCUCGACGGAUGUUUUGGCGAAGCUUAUCGAGAUGAAUGAGUUUGCAGAUAUUGAGCUGGUCGAUCAACUUUUGACUUUUAUUGCAGCUGGGCAUGAAACGACUUCUUCUACAUUCGCAUGGGUCAUCUACCAUCUGGCUCGUCACCCCGAUAUCCAGUCACGUUUACGCGAAGAACUCCGAACAUAUGUGAAGCCCAACGACCUUGAAAAUGACACUGUUGAUAUUUCUAGCCUUCUUGAAGGUCUCCCACUACUAAAUGGGGUUAUCAACGAGUCACUUCGUCUGUUCCCGACCGUGCCGCUGACUAUGAGAACGCCUGCCAAGCCAACAACUGUGCUUGGUUAUCAUAUACCAAUGGGAACAGAGAUUUACAUUGUUCCAUGGUCAGUUAAUCGGUCUCCUGAAACUUGGGGUCCAACAUCAGAAGUUUUCGAUCCUGAGCGUUGGAUUGAUCCCACCACAAAAAAAGCCAAACAAUACAGGUGGGGCAGACAAUAA